AUGGAUGGAAAAAAUUCACUCAAGCAAGUCCUCAAGCAAGUCCCCAAUGAGGACCAUGAUGAAGAUUCAGUAUUAUGGAACAGUCUCCAAUCAUCAGAGCUCCCAACCUCUCAAUCCAUUGUAGAUUAUUGUUACUUGACCAGGGUACACAUUAAAUCCGAAGUUGAUUUGUUCAACAAUGACGACAAGGAUAACAACCCUUGUGUGGGUCGAUGGAAAAAUAUGAAAGACGACAAAACAAAAUGGAUGUGGAGAGUUUUUGACAAGUCAGAGAUCUUUAUGGCAACAUGGUGCAGAGCGGUGAAUGCGACUAAGGUAGAAAUCGCACAAAAGAGACCAAUGUCACAUGAUAAACAUUACAGAAAGUGUGGUAUGGGCAACAACAAGACCUGGCAAAAACAGCAUGGUGACAGCCUUGCUGCAUGGCAAGCAUCCAAGAAAGCAAAGGUUCUACCAGCAACAGGUUCUAAUCUACAGAAUGAUGAAAAUUUCAAAAAUACUGUGUCAGCGCCCAUUUUUACUGCGGAGGAUUGUACGGACACACCAGAAUCGACUACACAAGUACAGAUCCCCUUGGCAGACACGGCCAACUCUUUGGACAUCAUCUUGUCGAACAAUGUGUUCCUGCAUGAUACAUUGCACUACAAGACCAUUUGUGAGGAGGUGGAAGAUGAAGAAGAUAUCAUUGCUAUAUGUGGAGUGCAGUGGCAUGAAAGAGAUUAA